AUGGCGGAAGGCGGCAGUGAGCCGACUAACAAGGACCUACUGGACUGUAUGAAGAAAAUGGGUGAGAAGCUUUGUGUAAUGGAAAAGAAACUCAAUUCAAUCGAGGCCCUCGAGCGCAAGGUAACAGACUUUGAGAAAGAUUUACGUAAAUUGUGGAUUGCUCUAGAGGACCGUGUUAAACGUACCGACGAUCGGGUUAAUAAACUUGAGGACAAGGUGGAAUCGGCGGAUGUUGAUGCAAGUGUGAUGGCUGAGAGGGUGACUAUGCUAGAAAGACAGCGGGAGGAGCUACGGGAUGACAUAGCGUACCUCAAAUCUCAGUCAAUGAGGAACAAUUUAGUUUUCACUAACAUCCCUGAAGACAACGCGACUGGAAGCGAACCUGCCGAUGUCACCGAAGCAAAGCUACGGAACCAUCUUCAUGAGACGCUCAAAAUCGCAAAGGAGACGGCCAACGCUAUGCGCUUUGAGCGCGUGCAUCGUUCCCCGGGGCAACCAGUGGUUGGCAAGAUCCGUAAUAUUGUGGCAAAGUUCACUUUUUUCAAGGACAGAGAGGUCGUGCGACGUCAGUGGAAACACCUGGCAGGAACGGGCUGCCAAAUGUUUGAACAAUUCCCUCCGGAAGUGCUCGACAAGCGGCGCCGACUCGUCCCGAAGAUGAAGGAAGCCCGGAAGGACGGUCACCGCUCGUGGAUCGUGUAUGACACGUUGUACGUGGACGGGAAGCCAGUGAAGCUGUAGGGACACGAGGAAGGUGAACUUCGAAUUUUAUCGUGGAACGUUCACGGACUAUCCCGACAGAAGAAGGAAAGUUCUGGAUUUGUUAAUAUUUUAGAACAAUAUGAUAUUUGUUUUUUAUAUGAAUCUUGGUGUGAUUCCGAUAGUAAGAUCGAUUUAAAUGGUUUUAAAUCACAUAAUUUCUAUCGCAAAUUUCAA